CGAGCCUUUACUCAUCCUACUCAUCUUGCUCUAAUCCGUGAUACUGUUGGACGGUAUUGGACCGUAUUGGACUGUAACACGAUAGAUAGCAUUGUUGUAAAUAGGAUGCAUUAAUUUCGUAAUAGUUUCUUACGCGUCAGCACGUAUAACACGUCGAUGUAAUAAAUACACGUAUAUAUUAUAAUUAAGAGUUCUCUGUGUUUAUGAGAAAUCAGCUACGUGUAUGGUUUCAAGGUUAUGACAGCAACACAGCAGUCAGGAUUUGUGAUAGCAGAGGUACAUAUUUUAGACAAUGGCACAACGAACUGUUACCUGCAAGGAAUGUGGCUGGAGGUGCAAGAAUUGCGCAGAUCAAACAAAUUUGCAUCUUCAUGUAGAGAUUGAGAAUCUUAAGCAGCGUCUGUUGGAGCGUGAACAUCACAUUGUUAAUAUGGAAACAAAUUUUCUCACUGAAGCAGAAAAAUUCCCAAAUGGAAGAUUUGCAGCACUCACUGAAGAAUUGUUAACUUGGCAGGAAAAAUAUUCAAGGCUGUAUGAGUCGCACAAACGUGUACAAAAGGUGAAUCAGAAUCUCGAGGACAAGCUUUUGAAAAUCGUCGAUAAGUGUGAAACGGAGAAGAAUUCUCUAACACGAGAUGUGACAAGCUUGACUCAGAAACUUGUUGAGGCCAGGGGAAAGAUUCAUCGUCUCCAAGAUGAGAAUGAACGGUACCGAAAUGAUGUGAAUCUUGCUAUUCAGCUUUUACAGUGCAAGCCUGCUAACUUUGUUUCUCAUAAAUUUGAUAUGCUGCCAGCAGAUUUGCAACAGAAAGUGCGAACGUAUGUGAGCAGUAAGCGAAGGCAGUCUGAUGGAAAUAGUGGAAACAACACUGUUGGCAAACCAGAACCAAAAAUUAUCAAAGUACCUAUUCCAACAUUUCCACCUACUGCAAUGGUAUACUCCAUCAAUAAGGUUCCAGCAGAUAAAAAUGAGGAAUCUGAUGAGAAGUCUUCCAGCUCAAAACCUCCUGUUGACAUAGUAUCAGCUGCUAUUAUGGCUAAAGUCCUGGAGGAGCGAGAACGUGAACGCCUUAACACAAAGCACUGUGACACUUGUACCUGCCCACGACAAGGUCUGGUUGAUUGCUCCACGCAAGCAACACCAGUAACGGACCAAAGCAUUCUGUGUGUGCGUUGUGCAGCCAGUGUAAGGUGUGAUAGUGGUGUUGUAGACACUUCAAAUAGGGCUAGUCAGGGACUUGUUCGAUAUGUUGACGUAGUUGCAACAAGGAAUGGCGAGGUUGCUAAUAGGAAUAUUACAAGUGGAGGUAACCAAAAAAGUGACAGCAUAUUUCUGUUGGGAACAGCCUCAAAUGAUCAAACCCCUUGUGUGAAUAUUUCCGAGAAUACUGCCAAAGGUUUGAAACAAGAAAUUUGUGAUGAAAGUCAGAAUAGAGACAGUGAUAGCAAAAUGCCUUCAUCUUCAAGAAGGAGUGAAAGUAACAAAAAUAGCAAAAGUUCAAAUAAAAAUUCUGAAAGUUGUAGGCAGAUUGAUAGUACCUGCACAAAGGGCAUUAUUAACAAGGAAACAACUUUAGUCUCAAAAAAUGGUAAAAGUUUUGUUAGAAGUGUUGAGCUUCCCAAAUCUAACAGUGACAUUUCUAAACAAGAUGCUGAAGGUAUGGAGAGAGACUGCUGCCAGAUUCCUUCUACAGAUGGUGCUGAACUUCCCAGUAACAGAGGCACUAGAGAAAUAUAUGGCAAUGGUACAUGUCAUUUGAACAGAGUGAGUAAAUUCCAUAUCAGGGGGAGUGAGACAUAUCCUGUAAGGAUGAAGAAUCAAGAAGGAAGAACAUACUUGAGUGAUGUGGCAAAUGUUGAGAAUAAGAGUGUUUCAGACGCAGCAUGGGCUAAGCAUUCCUCAGAGAAGCCGACAGUAGGUGCAGCCAGCAAAACUAUCCUUAACAAGCCAAAGAAUGCAGAGACAGUGGUCGGGCCACGCCAUUGCUCACUACGAUUGCAGGCAGGAAGCAGUAAUAUAUUGCUUGACAAUGCUACAUCAUAUGCUCCUGUACUAUACACUAGUCGCCAUAAUGGUGGAGGUGGGGAUGUUUCGUCAACAGUGCUUGUCCACACUCCCCGUUCACGAUCUGCCUCUGCCUCUAGCACUGACGAAGCCCAUCACAGGGGAGACGGAAAAUCAUCGUCGUGUGUGCACAGCCCGACAGAAACUGAACUGUGAACAUUCAUUCACCUUAGAUUGAUAAGAACACCACGAAAGCUUCAUAAUAAAAGAUACCAAAAAUGUUCAAAUAAUAACCUGGGCUAUUUACUGUCACUUUUUAUCCUACUAUCCAGUUACAGUUUGAGCUUGGAGUACAGUUUGAGCUUGGACUACAGUUUAAGAACCAGUGUUUAACCAGAUACCUUCAGCAUUAUAUAAAUUACUUGAGUUUUUGAAAAUGAUUAGUUAACUAAAAAUAUAUUUGCUUCCCUUGAAUUGUGACUAAACUGAAAAUUUUUGAUUCUCUUAAACUAAUGAAAAAACUGUAACAUUCCUUUUUAAUAAAUUUCCCCGUCAGACAUGAGUACUAAAAGUAUCAAGUGAAGAGAUACCUGCAAUUUACAAGUCAUGUGCUAGUAUCUGGCUUCUGUUCACUAAUUAUAUGUUAAUACCCAGAUAUUUGAGUGGGGCCUGGCCGCUAUUUAACAUUUCUGUGCUUUUACUGAGACUGUGUUUGAGACUUGGCCACUAUUUAAAAUUCCUAUACACGAUCUAAAAGUUUGUGACAAUGGUAUAUCAAUAUAAUUAUUGUGUUUUUUUUACAUUAUCCAUCAUCCUGUUUUUAUUUAAAAAACAACAUUUCAGAGACCAGAUUCUGUCUCCCUAUUCAGGUGAACUUCAGAUAUGUACCAGGUCUGUACUUGUUAUAUAAAUAAAUUCUAAAAAUUGCUAUGUGAGACCUGGCCACUAUUUACAAUUGCCAUGCUAGUGUUUCGCUACUACUUACAGUUUAUGAAUUAGUAUGCAGCUAGAAUUCAGGCCCAGGUUGCUGUUUAAGUUUUGGUGUUUAAUGAGAUAUCUAGGCUCUUCCAUGGAACUUAAGGGUAACAGUAUUCACUAAAUUGGUUUUAAGAUGUUAAUAUUUCCCACACAAUAGACUGUGAAAUAAGUUAAAAUAAGAACCAUUCAGUGACUGGAAUGAGAAUUAUAUAUUUCAGAUAUUACACAUAAUCUGUAUAAUGUUAUUUAGUGUGUUGUUGGUCUGAUGCGCAGUUCCAAAGAUUAUGUAUACAUAUAUAAUUUAUAAAUAUAGAAUUAUAGUAAUAAUAACUUCCCAGCAAUAAAAGCUGAGAUAUGAUGAAGCAAUCUUGAUAGUACACUAAUCAAGAUCACACAGUAGAGACAUGGGUCAGCUAUAGAUGCUCGGUAUGUAGUUGCCAAGCUUUCUUCUAAGAAACUAUUUCCGGCAUGUAAAGCUGUUCCCAGCAACGAGACACGUAAGAAUGAAUCUCUAAUACCUAUGAUCAAAUAUUGUGUAGUGAGCCACGCAAGAAACCAGCAUUAAGCAAGCAUGUUACUCCGAAAUACUGCUCGACUUUUACGAGACUGAAUGGGGUUAUAUCCUGGAAGGUAGAACUCUUCUUAGCUACUACUGUGAGAACCUCAAAAUCCAACAUUACUAUAUAAUCUAGCUACUUGCAGUAUUAUAAAAUACCCCCCUCCCCCCUGAAAUAAAAGCUGCUAUGUGUGGUGAGAAGAGGAAGGAUAGAGCCACACCUGUUUCUUCACUUUUGGCCCUUGUUCUUAUUGUGUUUUCUCUCAACUGAAAUGUAUAUUCUUCUUUUCAUUUUCACUCCUGUUUUUCAGUAAAUGUCUAUUUAUAAAGGUACAGCAGUGUAAGGUCUGCUGAUGGACACCCACAUCUCUCAGUUGGCACAAAGGCAGCGGUUCCUAAGCUGCUUGGUAGGAACUUGUCAUGUCAGUUUAUGCUUAAUAUAACCAUUUGUCACUGAUACAAAAUGUAAUUCUUUCACUGUCACUGAAGAAAAAUAUAUCAGGUCUCUGCUACCCAAUAUUUGAUUCUUAGAAUUUAAGUAUUUAAACACUGCAUUUGUCAACACAGAAAUGUUUUAUUCUAGUCACUGUUAAAGUCCAUCUGCUGUAUGAACAAGGGUAUGUCAUGCCUUGUCUAGGCAACCUUUUGGAAGAAAAUCAUCUGUAAGGAUGUUUGAAUCUCUUAUUGGCAUAUUAAUGCGAGAAGUACAGGAAGGAUUUUAGUGUGUGGACAAGAUCCAGUUCUGCGCUUCACAGUGGCCUGUGUGUGGCUUGCUGCAUGGCACAUACACAUUUUUCUGAUGAAUCAGCCUUACGUUCAGAAUGAAGUAGUUACAAUUCACAGAUCAUGGGAGGUGUUGAAAAUGCUGUCCUCUCUACAUGUAGACAUUUUUCACAGUUAAUUAUUUCAUUAAAAGAACACUGGCACAACAAUCCGUCUUGCACUUACAGCACACCAGACAUCAAAUUUCACUGGAUGACUUGAGCAACUGUGUUGUCAUUCUUAAACUAGACUUUGACACUCCACUCUCUUCAGCUACAUAUUUCAGUGAUUUUUUAGGUGCAUGUUGAAGUCGGGCCCUUAUGGCAUCUAACUUCUCAGUAAGCACUCGACACGUUUUUGUUUCUUGUCCAUUAAGAGUGCCACUGUUCUAAGUUUAUUCACCAAAUUAUGAAUUCUUUGUCUGCUGGGAGCUCUUUCAAUGCGAGAUUUAUGUUGAAAUUACCUUCUAGUAAUUCCAUGUUUCACAUGGUUGAAGUACAAAAAUACACGUUGCUCUAUGGUAUACCAUACCAUGAUGUAGUAUAAUUCACACUACACACAGACUGUAGAUGAGAGCAAAUGGCUAAUGGAGCUGAUAACUGCUGCCUACUGCUGACAAAUCAUAAACUCCCACACUGCUCGCCGUGUAACAUAGGACCAUCAAUUGGUCCACAGGUUAAUUAUGUCCCUUCAUUCCAAACGUUAUUGGUGGUUAGGCAUGCUGAGUCAUGGGAAAAAUUUGAAUGCACCUCGCAGCAAGUGCCACACCGGCCACCGUGAAGAGCAGAGGCGUGGACCCGGUCCACACACUAAAAAUCCUCUCUGUAUACGGAAAAUAGAAUCUAAUAACUUUCUAGGUCACUAACUGAAGGUGAUGUACCCAGAUUCUCACAGUGGAUGAAAUACAUCCUACAGUCCCUUUUUUUUUUUACUUUAUAAUUUUGAAAAACAGAAAAUUGCUACAGCACUCAGUAUAUUCAGAGGAAUACUAUUUUCAGAAUUCACAGAGGCUUUCCUGCACUGUAAAAAUAUUUUGUUUAUAAAAGUGAAAGUUGACGAUUCAUCUUGGUUUUACUUUGCAUGGGCUAUUUUGACAAAAGAAAUAUAAAAAAAAAAGACAGCGAAAAGUCUUUAUGAUUUUUACCAGAUCAUUACUCCCAGAUUUCCUGUGAUAACCCCAGAGCAAAUAUUUUUAAUUUAACUGAUGCCAAAAUGUUAUACAAUUUUGCAACAUGUUUCAGUGGAGAGGUUGUUUUCUGCCAUAAAAGCAAAUCUCCAGUACAAAAUACGUGAAACAUUUAAAUGAAUGUGUAGCUUCAGCUUUCAGGACUAGGUAGCAUCAAGUUUUGAGAGGUUUCUAACAUUUUAGUAAACUUUGCCAUUGCUAUCAUCAAGGUUAAUGUCCAUGAUUUAUUUCAACCAUCUUCCAGUGCAUAC